CUGCGCCAGCACCGGUGGGCUUGAAGUCGAUAGUCAAUCAGUCUUGUGACAUCUUUGGCUGAGUGUGGACGAGUCCUUUGUCAUUUGUUUUUAAAUUGCGUUCGAAAAUCGAGUGUUGCUUUUUUCUGGAAGGUGAAAGUUUGAAUUUGGAGACAUGAUCGUAGCGGAGUCGUGGCAAGCCAACUACUUGCUCUGGGUCUUUCCAGUCCUGAUCAUCCUCGGCUUCCUCGCGCUCCUCGGUCUACUCGGUCUAUUCCUGGCCAUCAGGGUCUACGCCCAGUAUACCUGCGGACGGUUCAGGGAGAAGACCAGAAUGGACGGAAAGACGGUGAUAGUCACCGGGUGCACCAGCGGGAUUGGGAAGGAGACUGCGCGCGAGUUGGCUAAGAGAGGUGCCAGAGUUAUUAUGGCGUGUCGGAAUUUGGAGGCGGCUGAGAAGGUUAAAGAUGAAAUAAUCGACUCAACCAAGAACACAAAGGUCGUGGUCAAGAAACUGGACUUGAGCUCUUUCGCGUCCAUCCGAGCCUUCGCCGAAGACAUCAAGAAGACAGAACAGCAGCUGGACGUACUCAUCCACAACGCCGGAUACGCUGAAACCUUCAAGAAGAACAAAUCCGAAGACGACAUCGAAAUGACCAUGGCAACGAACCACUACGGACCGUUUUUAUUAACCCAUCUCUUGAUAGACUUGUUAAAGAAAAGCGCGCCUUCUAGAAUUAUCAUCGUAGCAUCUUCUUUAUAUCGUUUGGCUUCAGUCAACUUGGAUAACCCGAAUCCUUUGACGACCAUGCCAGGGUAUUUGUACUAUGCGUCGAAGGAGGCGAAUAUACUCUUCACGAGAGAGCUAGCGAGGAGGUUGGAAGGUACAGGAGUGACUGCUAACUGUCUCCAUCCUGGGUUAAUAGACAGUGGUAUUUGGAGAUCAGUUCCUGCUCCGCUAAGUUGGGGACUUGCUCUGAUCAACAAGUGUUUCUUCAAAUCGCCUCAUCAGGGCUGUCAAACGUCUGUCAUGUUGGCAGUUGAUGAGAAGCUCUCAAAGACUACUGGAAAGUACUUCUCGGAUUGUAGAGAAAGCAACUUGUCAAGCUCAGUGUCUGAUAUGAAUAAGGCGAAGAAACUUUGGGAGAUAUCGGAGAAAAUGGUCAAAUUGGAGGAGAACGAUCCUAGGAUUUAAAUGGCUUCUUGUCUCAAGGCAUUUAUGGAGGUUUCUAUACAAUAUUGGCCACAAGUGCUUGUUUCAAGACAUUUCUGGAAGCUUCUAUCCAAUAUCGGUCACAAGUACUUCUAAAUUAACUAAAACUUAGAGGAGAUUACAAGUUGGAAACACUCAACGACGCCCACAAGAAGAGAAACUAGAGUUGCCUCUAUCCACAGUUUAAGAAAAUCAAGUUUCGAUAGGCUGAUGUGCAUCAACCUGGUUUUUUUACACUAUUGUUACAUUUUAUACUAUUGUUACACAGUAAUAACAUUGACAGUACCUAUUAGUUCUGAUAGAUCGAUUU